AGCCGCCUCAAAAAUGAACCUAAAGACGAUGGUUUUGACCAGCUGGGUCUGGAGCUGAGCAGUGACCCACAGAGCUAUCACUACCUGAAACAAGACGACAAAAUGGCGGCUGGUGUGGUGGAGGGGGAUAGAGUCAACUACAGAACCACAAUGUCUGCGUUUAGGACUCUGGGAUUCUCCAAUGAAAUGAAGAACGCUCUGAUCAAAAUCGUAGCUGCCGUAUUGCAUUUGGGCAACGUAGCUUUCACCUCCAACGACGACAAGAUCGAGAUAGCCGGUGCAAGUGAGAAACAACUGAAUCUAGUGCCAGGACUGUUGGAAGUGGACAGCAAUGCUGUUGUAACUGCUCUCACUGAGCGUGUGAUAGCCGUCAAAGGGGAGGUCAUGCAGAAAACACACACUCUCAUGCAAGCAGAAUAUGGCAGGGAUGCAUUGGCUAAG